CGCGGUUGCAGUGUUCCGGAGUUCUCCCUGACUGGUCCCAGGCCUAGAAUAAAGGCAGUGUGCUAUUGUCUCGGUCAGCUGAUACGUGACAUAUCAAUUGUUGCAUUGGUCUAUUCCAGAAAAAUGAAUGCUCUUCAGUUUCUUGUGUGCUUGGUGCUCCUCCGUUGCUGCUGUACACAAAAUGACUGUACUACCGGGGCACACAUCCUGGAUACGAUGAACGGCAUUACCAAUUACGGUUCAGAAGUGGUCAACACAGUUGUUAGAAUCCUGGAGUGCUCUGGCGUUUUUGAAGACGAUAACGUGUUCAUGAGAAGAUUGGCAUAUGUAGAGACAAUGGACGGUGCAGAAGGACAGGGCAGUACUGGGAUAUGGAACGCCACAAAACACCACCUCAAUGCCAUGGCCUACGGAGUUCUGAUCAGAUCAUUUCCAGACUUAGUGGACCAGACAUGUGAGAAAUUCGGUGUAGAUAUGAAGGUGGCUGUGAGGAAUCCCGAGAGCCUGGAUUUGACAGACCCGUUGGUGUCUGGUGUUGUUGCUCGUUUCUAUCUCCACUAUGUGACUGUUGAAAGAGGCAUACAAAUUCCAUCAGGCGAGGACGUAAAUGAACAGGCCACAUUUUGGGUCUCACAGUUCAGAAUGAACGAUGGAACUGCUACUCCACAGCACUUUACAAGGCGUGUUGCUAAGCUUAAAGGGGUAUGUCCGUGCUCAAACAGGGAAGGAGCUUGUCCAUCUUUACUGCCAGAAGACUGGAUGAACCGUGAUGAUGCUAAUGGCUCGCGUGUGGUGGAGGCAGUUCUUAAACAGUUGGAUCAACUCACACAUCUUCCCUCCUGAUCAUGGUUUCAUGAGGAGAAUAGCGUAUGUGGAGACAAGGGACGGGACCAGAAAAACUGCACUGAAUGCCUCUGGUAAUUUGUGCCAUAACAGAGUUGGUAUAUGGGGACUAACAGAAUACAUGCUGAGCAACAUGAAACAUGAGGUGAGAACGAUGGCAGCACAAUAUCAAGAGGUAAGUGCUGCGAGUGAGAAUAUAUGCGCCGAGUUUGGUGUGAACAUGACUGGUCCUGAGAAGCUGAACAUGAGAAAUCCACUAGUGUCUGGCAUCGCUGCACGCUUCUACCUCCUCUAUCGGACUGUACUGAAAAAUGAAGACUUGCCUGAAGAUUUAGCCGGACAGGCCAUAUUUUGGGGAUCGUAUAACGGAAUGCAAGCCAGCUAUACAGAGUUUGAAGAAGCUGUAAUGGAAAUAGAAGAUUGCAGGGUGAACGCAGACAUCGUGUUUGUUUUGGAUAUUUCGCAUAGUUUAGUGGAUAACUCAUUGGACAAAGCACUAAACUUUGUGGCUGAUUUUGCACAAAACCUGACAAUUGGACGUCUAGACGAUAGAGUUGGGGUAGUCGUUUUCGGAGAUCGCGGCCACGUCAUAUUCACCAUGUCUGAACACGAAAACAAGAACGAUUUACUUGGUGCUAUCAAAGAACUUAAGAACUACACACAACAUGUACGGAAUGGUGAGACUCAGAAUACAAACACGUCCCACGGACUGAAAAAGACAAUCUCUAUUUUCCAAUCAGACACGCGAGAAUCCAACACAGUGUUUAGAGUUGCUGUAGUACUGUCAGACGGAGUGUCAGAUGAUCCUGACUCCACCGUCAGGGAAGCAGCUAAACUACGGAACCUCUCAGUCCUAGUCUAUGCCAUUGGCGUGGGCAAUGAUGUUAACGAUGAGGAGAUGAAAGCAAUUGCCAGCGACUGCCAUCGCUACACACAUUUGGAUGACUUUGAUUCGGAACAAUUUAAACUUGUUAGGAACAAGUACAUCAAGGACCUUUGCCUGAAUGCAACCAAAGAUAUAAGCAGCGAAAUAUUUGCAAAAUUUGAUGGAGAUUUGGAUCUGCAUGAAAUUAUGCGCUACACAAGACUCGUUCCUGACAAUGGCCUCACUAUACGAGUGUGUUCCAGUGAAGGUAGAGUCACUAUAUCCGUGUUCUGCUAUGUCCCAGAAGAUUCGGGGGACAUUCUAACUUUCAAACCAAUUUGUGAUCAUCGUAAUGACACAAUGGAGGCCAGUUGCCCGUGCUUGGAAGUAUAUAUUCCUGGAUCUAUCGGUUCCUCUGAGGAUCCACAGCAGGAGGAACGCAGUCGGAGGAGAGCCAAACGUGAGACUGUGACAACCGAGGUCCACAUCACAGUGGAGGGUAUGGAGACUGAGAAUGUGUUUGUUAUGGACACCACUGAUGGAGAUGAUCCCAAUGACUGUGCGGGGAUGGCUGUUGCAAGUGAUUGUGUGACACAUUUUCAAAGCCCAAAAGGUAGAGGUGAAGAAAAUCCUAGAAGUGGAUCAAAAGGGCCAUCAAAGAGACAGUUGUCAUUGCAGCAACAGUCAGUAGCACAGGAUUUAUCCUCAUCUGCUGCAUUGUCAUAGUGAGCAGUGUGGGUGGCUGGGUUCUCUACAGACGUAGGAAACAGCAGCAGCAGAAAUAAGAUGGAGAAAGAGGAAGAAGAAUACAAACUACUUGACAAUGAAUACAUGAAAUGUAGACUUAACUGUCCUAAACAUUCAUGUAUCUCUAUACACAUAAUUACGUGUAUUUUUCUCUGUUUGGUUUGUUUGUAUUAGCUGUGUAAAUGUUUGCUGUAGCAUCAAUAAGUUAAGCUAGCUGGCUCUUGCUGCGAACAUCAAUCAGAAUAUGGGCACAGAACUCUCUCAUCCAUCGGAAUAAAAACACAACUCGGUUACUUAUUAGUUUUCUCAACUGAUACAGCCACACAGUGUAACUCUUACGUGUCUCCUAUGCAGCUAUUCGAGAUUUCACAUUGGUAGUUCAUUUCGUCAGAGGGAAUCUUUCUGUAGCUUGUGAAUGCUACCUCAAAAAUGUUACACGUGACAUGGGCGUCUGUUCUUUAUGUGGAACGGGGC